GAUGGCCGAUCCAGGCAGACAAGACGAUGAAGAAAAUGGCACAAACUCACUGCCUAUGCCAGACCUAGAAACGCAAAAGAAUGAAAUAGGAGAACUUUUGAAAACYCCYUUAAAGAAAGGAGACACGUGGUACUUAAUUGAAUGCCACUGGCUGAAGCAAUGGAAGAAGUUUGUUGGAUUUGAUAGCUGGGAUGUGUAUGGUGUUGGAGACCAAGUCAAUAAYCCAGGACCACUAGACAAUUCUAAUCUCUUUAAAGAUGAUGAUCCUAACUGGGCACUAAARGAACACCUUAUUGAUGAGCUCUACUAUUACCUGGUACCUGAGGAAGCCUGGAAUAAGUUAGUGUUAUGGUAUGGGAUUGUAGAAMACCAGCCACCAAUAGCCAGGAAGGUUGUGGAGUAUGGAAUGUACGUCAAGCACUGUAAGGUUGAAGUUUAUCUAAUUGAGUUCAAAUUGUGUGAGAACUCUUCUAUGGAUAAUAUUGUCAUACGGCAGUUUAGCAAGGCUGAUACUUUAGAACAUAUUGAAAAUACUAUGAAGGAGAUUUUUAACAUUCAAAAGGAAGCAGAGACAAGGUUAUGGAAUAAAUACAUGAGAAACAARUUUGAACUGCUUGGAAACAAGCAGCAGACUGUGCAAGAUGUUGGCUUGUAUCAAGGACAGAUGUUGGUGAUUGAACAAAAAAAUGAAGAUGGUUCAUGGCAAAGAACCAACACAAAAAGCUCCUAUUCCUCAUCAACUAUAACAUCAAGUAGUGAGUCAUCCACAAGUAGUUAYAGCUCAUCCACUGGCUCUUUUGGAUCUUACUCUUAUGGUUCAGGAAGCUACUGGAACAUGUAUGACAAUGAAAAGAAGAAAAUCAAACCAGGAUUGACUGGACUUGGAAACCUAGGGAAUACUUGUUUUAUGAACUCAGGAUUACAAUGUUUGAGCAACACUAUGAGACUUACAAAGUACUUUCUUUCUGACCAAUACAAGGCAGAACUCAAUUUUGAUAAUCCACUUGGAAUGAGAGGAGAGAUUGCAAAAGCCUUUGCUGAUCUGCUUUCUCAACUUUGGUCAGGGCAAUACUCAUCUGUAGCUCCAAGGAGCUUUAAAAUGCAAGUUGGAAGAUUUGCACCACAAUUUUCUGGAUAUCAACAGCAGGAUUCCCAUGAAUUAUURGCAUUUUUACUGGAUGGGCUGCAUGAGGAUUUAAACAGGAUUAAGAAGAAACCUUAUAUUGAAGUAGAAGAUGCUAAUGGCAGACCAGAUGAAGUUGUUGCUCAAGAAGCCUGGGAAAGUCAUUUACAAAGGAAUGACUCCAUCAUUGUGGACAUUUUUCAUGGUCAAUUUAAGUCUACUCUAGUCUGCCCUGAAUGUGAAAAGGUUUCAGUGACUUUUGAUCCAUUCUGCUACCUGUCUCUUCCACUACCAGUAAAGAAAGAAAGAUACUUGGAGGUCUUAUUGAUAAGAGAUGACCCUAUGGAGAGACCUACUGAGUUCAAGGUCUCAGUUCCCAAGAUGGGUACAAUAAGUGAUCUAGUAAAUGCUUUGUGUAAAGAAGAUGCUAGUCUACAGAAAGAUAGGUUGAUUGUUUGUGAUGUGUACAAUCAUCGUCUUCAUAAAGUAUUCAAAUCAAGAGACUCCCUGACUCAAAUCCUUGAAAGGGAUGACAUUUUUGUGUAUGAAAUGGCUUCAAACUUUGAAGAUCCAGAGAUGGUCACAAUACCAAUAUACAGCAGAGAAAAGAGAUCAAGGGUUGCAAAUUAUAGUCACAGCUCAUCUAAGAUUCUGUUUGGAAAUCCUAUGUUUCUUACUGUUCCAAAGAAAAAGACUUCCUUCAAUACUAUAUACAAUGCAGCCUUGAACAAAAUGAGGAGAUUCCUAAAUGUUUACGAAGAAACGACAGAAGAAGAGCCACCAACAGAAAAUGGUGAUGUUGAGAUGAAUGAUAAAAAUGAAGCAAGUGAUGAAGAACUAGAGAAAGAAUACCAAAAAAAUGUCACAGAAAAUAAUGGUGAAGAUAGUAAUGAAAGGAAAAUCUUAAAUUCCAACAACAAAACAAAAGAAAACAACAAGAAGACUAAACUGUUCAACUUGACGUUAGUUAACAUGUAUGGCACAAAUGAUAUCCAGUCAUUAACAGAUGAUGACAAACCCAUCAAGCUAACAAGUCAAAGUUAUCUGUCUCUUGACUGGAAUUCAAAGAUGAAAGACAAACACUACAACACCCAACUUGCUGAGGAAAACAAGGAACAUGACAGCAUGACAAGAAAAAUGACACAAAGAAAGAAUGUCGUGAAGUUGAGUGACUGYAUCCAGCUGUUUUCUACCAGAGAGAAGCUUGGCAUCAAUGAUCCCUGGUAUUGCCCAGCUUGUAAGAAACACCAGCAGGCAUCGAAAAAGCUAGACUUGUGGUCAUUACCAGAAGUGUUGGUCGUUCAUUUGAAACGGUUCUCAUAUACAAGGUAAGCUUGUUGGACAAUCGUGUUUGUUUGUUUGCUUUACUGGGAAAGGUGGUUUAGAUCUACUUACUAACUGGACAGUGAUGCAUGCUUGAUGGCUGGAUGGAUGAAUGAUGGAUGAAUUGUUUGCUUUACUGGGAAAGGUGGUUCAGAUCUACUUACUAACUGGACAGUGAUACAUGCUUGAUGGAUGGAUGGAUGAAUUGUUUGCUUUACUGGGAAAGGUGGUUCAGAUCUACUUACUAACUGGAC